GAAGCAAGUCACAUGUAACUGACUGACACACGCGAAGAAGUAGUCGGGCGUGUUCUAAAGAUGGCAGCCACCAUGAAGAAAACGGUUGGAGUUGAAGACGUCAAUGUAACGUUUGAAGAUCAACAGAAGAUCAACAAGUUUGCACGGAACACAAAUCGAAUGACUGAACUGAAGGACGAAAUAGAAGCUAAAAAGAAAUCUCUUCAGAAUUUGCAGGACGCCAGCGAUGAUAUCAUGAUGUUUGAUGAUGACACAUUGCUGGUCCCGUAUCAAAUUGGCGACGUUUUCAUCAGUCACACCCAAGAGGAGACGCAAGAAAUGCUAGAAGCUGCAAAGGAAGGGCUAGAGCAGGAAGUCAAAGACCUGGAUGGGCGAGUAUCAGCGAUACAGCAGGUGUUAGCAGAUCUGAAGGUUCAACUUUAUGCCAAGUUUGGUAACAACAUUAACCUGGAGGCAGAUGAGAGCUAAAUACUGCUGGGCUUAACAACUCAACUUUGACAUUUAUGCAGUUCACAACUGAUACACGUCAUUUGCAUUCACAAGUUUAAUGUUUUUAUUUUGUACCUAUUGUACUAUCUUCUACUGAUGAUGUUGGUGAUCCAAUUGUUAUUAUUUCUGUUGUGGGACAAAAAGAUGAUCUCAAGCAUGGAUCGGUGUUAGAAUAAAUGCUAAUAUUUCAACUGG